AUGCCGCCGGGCCAAUGCCGCUCCCGCCGCCAUUACUCUGCCCCGGAGCCGCCCACGGCGAUGUAUGCGGACUCCGCUGAUCCGCACAGAAACCAGUGCCACACGUGUCUCAAGACGUUCUCGCGCAUCAGCUCGCUGCGCGCGCACUUGCUUGUGCACUCGGGCGACCGGCCCUUCGUGUGUCCCUGGCCAGACUGCGACAAGUCCUUCAACGUCAAGAGCAACAUGAUCCGCCACUACAAGAUCCACACACGCGCUACUGCUGCCGCUGCUUCUUCUUCCACGGCGCCACACCAAUCCCGCGGAGAUUGA